AUGUUGCUGUACAACAAGCAGAAGAAGAGAGAGGUGGUUAAGGGAAACAGAAUCCUGAUCAGUGUCACGUUUCUGGGUAGUGCCGGUCCGAUCCGGUUCGUUGCGAACGAAGGAGAUCUCGUCGCCGGUGUGAUCGACGUUGCCCUUAAAUGUUACGCUCGUGAAGGUCGUCUUCCGAUUCUCGGAUCCGAUUUCAAUGAUUUCCUCUUCUAUUGUCCGAUGAUCGGACCUGGAGCUCUGAGUCCGUGGGAAGCGAUUGGGUCGUUGGGAGUGAGGAACUUCAUGCUGUGUAAGAAACCAGUGGAGAAGAAGGUGGAGGAAGACGUUGGAAAAUCGAAUUUCCCCAUUAAUGGAGCAAGAAAAGGAGGAAGCUUCAAGGCAUGGAUUAACAAGUCUUUCAGUCUUAAAGUCACUACUCAUUAG